AUGUCGAUGUGUUUUACUGGUGAAGACAGUAGCACCAGUUUAAGUAGUUUUGAACUGGAAUUACUGUACCGUAGCGUAUCGCCAUUAUCACUCACUGCUUCUGCUCGUCCACGUAAAAGUAUUAACAAUUUCUUUGCAGCGUUUAAAGACUACGAUAAGGAUUUCCCCCCAUUGGUCAGGCCGCAGUCAUCAUUACCACCUGAUGGCAAGAAGAAAGAUGUUGGACGGAGAUCUGGAAAAGGAAGAAGAAGUAUUCCGGUCGGAUGGAGUCUUUCGGAGAUAUCAGGUGUAGAGAAGAGGCCAAGAGGAAUUUAUAGAGGAGCGUGGAGAAAGAAGGGACUAUUAAUAAAUGGAGGAAGCGGACGACCUAAGGAUCAUGCAAGCAAUGAAACGCCCAGCAGUCACCCGAAGCCGACGCCGAUGUGCAUGGACAUCAACAAGCCGGUCGUCAAGGCGACGGAGCCGGUGGUGGCGCCGAGGUUAACUGGUCUCGACAAUCUAGGGAACACUUGCUUUAUGAACAGUGUGCUGCAGGCGCUGUCGAACACACGAGAGUUUCACGAUCACUUCCUAGAGGGAAGGUUCCAGAACGAGAUUAACACGGAGAACCCGCUUGGCACAGGAGGCAAGCUGGCCGUCGCGUUCGCUGUGCUGGUCAAGGUUCUAUGGUCCGGCACUCACCGCUCCUACCCUCCAUCGAAACUAUUAA